UGGGGUGGGGGAGCCUGAUGGGGUCGUGGCGCAAGGCCUACGGCGCCCUCAAGGACUCCACCAGGGUCGGCCUCGCCAAGGUCCACAGCGACUUCAAGGAUUUGGAUAUUGCCAUUGUCAAGGCGACCAACCACGUGGAAUGCCCUCCCAAGGAGCGCCACGUCAGAAAAAUAUUCUUGGCAACCUCGGUGACCCGCCCUCGCGCCGAUGUCGCCUACUGCAUAUACGCCUUGUCGAGAAGGCUGUCCAAGACAAAGAAUUGGACCGUUGCCUUAAAGACGUUGAUAGUGAUACACAGGCUUAUGCGAGAAGGCGAUCCUACUUUCAAGGAGGAGUUCCUGGCCCACUCCCACAAAAGAAACCUUUUGCACAUGGCGCGUUUCAAGGAUGACUCGAGCCCAUUAGCUUGGGAUUGCUCCGCGUGGGUUCGCACCUACGCGCUCUUUCUGGAGGAACGGCUUGAGUGCUUUAGGAAUCUAAAAUACGACAUCGAAACCGAGCGUCCGAUGAGAUCUCCCCAGCAUUCUGCCAUGGCACAUAGUAGAACCAGGACGCUGCCCUGCCUUGAUCUUAUGGAGCAUUUGCCUUCAUUGCAGCAGCUGCUCUUCCGGCUUAUGGGCUGCCAGCCUGAAGGUUUAGCAUGCUCAAAUGACCUUAUUCAAUAUGCAUUAGCCUUGGCUUUGGAGGAGAGCUUUAAAAUAUAUUGCGCAAUCAAUGAUGGAAUCAUCAACCUUGUUGAUAUGUUCUUUGACAUGCCGAGGUAUGAUGCUAUCAAGGCUCUUGCAAUCUAUAAAAGAGCUAGCAUGCAGGCAGAAAACCUUGCUGAUUUUUACGAAUUCUGCAAGGAUCUUGAGCUUGCCAGGACAUUCCAGUUUCCUACUCUCAGACAGCCACCCCCAUCAUUUCUUGCAGCCAUGGAGGAGUACAUCAGAGAAGCGGCACGUCCCACAAUCAGGAGACUGGACAGUGAGAGGAAGCUACUAACAUACAGCCAGGAAGCUCCAACAGAACCCGAAAAGCCGGCCGAAGAGGAGAAAGAAGAACCUACAAAGCUUGAACAAGAACCGGUGCCUGACCCUACGCCUGAGCCUGAACGACAACUGCUGGCAAUGGAAACCACUGGAGAUUUACUCAACCUGGAUGAGGAGGUGAAUCCCUUUGUCGUGGAUCUUGAUGAACACAACGCGCUUGCACUCGCUAUUGUGGGACCAGGAGAUGGAAGCAAAGCAUCAACUUGUCAAAACUUGUUUUCUGGCAGCACAUCUGGAUGGGAGCUGGCCCUCGUCGCUGCUCCAAGCCGCUUCACCAGCCAACCAAUGGAGACCAAAUUGGCUGGGGGCUUUGACAUAAUGCUACUCGACAGCCUAUACGAAGACAGUGCGAGGAGGCAGCAGAUCACCCGCGUGACCUACAAUGGCAGCCUUGGACAAGCCAACAACCCCUUCGAAACGAACGACCUUUUCGCCAUAUCCAACAGCUUUGCGCCGCCUUCCAACGUCCAGCUGGCAAUGGUGACCCAGCAGCAGCAAUACUUCCAGGCUCAACAACAUCAGCAGCAAUGCUACUACCAGCCCCAGCUGCAGCAGCAGCAGCAGUAUUUCCAGUCUCAGCAGCAUCAGCACCAGUAUUUCCAGCAGCAGCCUCAGUAUUGUGUGCAUCCGGCCGGAACUUACAAUCCGUUUGGUGACCCUUUCACUGACCUUGUAACACUGGAUGCUCCUCCAAAACAAGGCAAUUUAACUUUGCUCUGAAUUGCCCGGCCCUGUUUAUGAUCUCAGUCAAUAUAGAUGGGUACUCCCAUUCUCAGUAGAGCAACCAGUACAAAUUGAAUUCUUCUGUUGGGUUAAGAUGAUGUUACACUGCUGACCUUUGCAAUAUCCACAUUUCAAACAAACAUGACAAGUA